CCGAACCAUUGACUACUCAGUUCGGCACUCCACGUGCCCGACAGUCGUGCCCUGUACCCGCGAAUUCGUUCAAUUUCUCUUAAAUUCCCAACUCCAGAGGCGCAGGCACGAUCGCAUCCUCAUGAAUUAAUUAUUUUCAUUUAGUCGACGGAUUGAUUAAUAAUUUUCCUCGAACACUAGUCUCGCGGUCUUUCAGCGGAGAUUAGUUUUCUCGUCUCGUCGCGCGAAACAGUGAAGCUCUUUUUAAUGCAAGUGAAAAUAACAAGUGGGUCAAUUAGUUUUUGCUGAUCGCGUCGGGCAGAAUGCACUUGAAAAAAAUACUGCGGUGUCUUCGUCAUCCCGAUGAGCCGCCAGUUGCGUUGGACAUCGUCGGUGGAAAGGAGAUUGAGAGUCAACAGCAGAUUGCUCCCGAGCGGGGCAGUCAGUGGCUGCAGUUCACUGCGGCAAUAAGCGCCUGCCUCGCAGUAAUAGGAUGUGGAGGUCACCUUGGCUGGACGUCUCCAGCGCUGCCCUACCUCACCGGCCCCGAAGUGGUGAAUCCCAUCACGAAGGGCCAGGGCGCAUGGAUAGUCUCCUGUUACACGAUCGGAGGAAUACUCGGCUCCCUCCUGACGCCACUGGUCCUGGACAGAAUCGGGAGGAAGUACUCGCUGCUGACCUUCGCACUUCCCCAAGUGGCCGGCUGGGGUCUCAUAAUCGCCGCUCAGAAGCUGAUGGUCCUCUACGUGGCACGUUUCAUCGCCGGAAUCGGCCACGGAGGAAUCUUCAACUUGAUCACGAUUUAUCUGGGAGAAAUUGCGGACAAGAAUAUCAGGGGAGCACUGGGCACGUUUCUCAAAGUUUCGGCUAAUAUUGGUACACUUUUUGUGACGGCUGUAGGUGCUUACUUGCCAUACUGGCAGUUGAAUCUUGUGUCAAUAUCUGUUCCUGUCAUCUUCAUGAUAACCUUCGCAUUCAUGCCUGAGACGCCGUACUUUUACCUGAUAAAGGGGAGGAUUUCGGAUGCCGAGAAGAGUCUGAUGACCUUGAGGAGACUGAAGAAUCCGGACAGCGUGCGGGAGGAUAUAAAAAUAAUGAAGGAAGCCGUGGAGGAAGGUGAACGCUCCAAGAAGAACCUCUUCAUAGAGCUCGUGAGAACGCGAGGCAAUCGUCGAGGACUUCUCAUCCUCCUAGGCCUGAAGGCGACGCAACAAUUCUCCGGACACAUGGCGCUGGUAGCCUACACCCAGGAGAUCUUCUCCCACAGCGGUUCAUCUCUACCCCCGGAGCAGGCGGUGGUUGUUCUCGGUGUCUGCCAAUUGCUCGCUGGUUUCCUAGCAGCAGGACUAGUCGAUCGUCUCGGCAGGCGGUUCCUCAUGCUAGUCUCGGGCUUAUCAGCAGCAGUGGCACUCGUCGCCGUCGGUGUCUUCUUCUACCUCAAGUACCACCUCCAAGCCGAUGUCUCCUCCAUCACCUGGUUGCCGAUCGCAGCCCUCAUCGCCUACGACGUCAUGGAGGUGCUUGGCAUCGGAACACUACCUUACGUUCUCCUCGGAGAGCUGUUUCCCACGAAUGUCAAGGGCGCAGCUGUCGCCCUAGGGAUCGUCGUCGGAUCGGUUUUCGCGUCGCUAGUCGGUCUUGGCUUUCAGGCCAUGAACACCACUGUCGGAAUCCACUGGACCUUCUGGAUAUUCGCCAUUUGCUGCGCCCUGGGGACGCUGUUCGUCUACUUCAUCACACCUGAGACCAAGGGAAAGACUCUGGAGGAGAUACAGCUGAAGCUGAAUCCACCCAAGAGGCCACAACCUGCGCUACCGUGAGUGGGUGACUCUUAGAGACGACUCAAGUGGGAGAGAUCUGUGAUACAUGUUGAUUUUUUAGGCUAUUUAUUUUUUUGAUAUUAUGAGGGACGUUGAUUAUCUGUUGUUCAAUUCUUUCAUAUUGUAGGAUUAAAAUAAAUACUCUUGUACAAAUGGA